AUGGGACAGCAGGAAUAUCUCAGCAACGCAGGACGACAGCCACCACAGACUUGGACAAUUUAUGAAAACCAAAUAUACGCUCUUAAAAUAGAACGUGGGCCUAAAUACCUGGAAUCACCCCCUUGGCUGAGGUGGGUGGAUGACUUGAAAAUUAAUAUGAACGGAGUUAAUAACUUGAAUGGAGUAGUGGACCCAAGAGCCGUAUUGGUGUUGACAAAAUGGCAGCAUUUAUUAUAAAGCUUCAACAUGGUCCUGCAAGAGCUCUGGCACCUAAUGACAUCUAAAGAAAAUGUGAAAGUCCCUCAGCUGCCUGAAGGACAGUGUUAUGGCAACUAA